AUGACAUCGAAAACCGAUCGAUUCUUCGACCCAAAAGAUGGAACAUACGCCAAUGUUCCCAUCAUUCCAGUUCAUCGAGAGAUAUUUCGCGGAAAACGACCAUACAAUACCAAAGUUCUCAUUAGAAAUUGGUACGAAGAUCGAUCGAAGUUUAAAGAAUCACAUCAUCGUUCAAAAUCGUCCUCUGAAAUAGCAUAUCCCGCUCAUGUCGGCUCUGUACCCGAUACUGUUUUCCGCCGUCGAGUUCUGAUUUCAACCGAACAACGACCGGAUCGAUUGAUUCUUGAUCAUCACGACAUUGAUCAUCAAAAACAGUUGAUUAGCAGUUACGAUGAACAGUACAACAGACGAGGAGCUUAUGGUGAUCAUCAAGAUGCAUCGGAACGAAAAUGGGCCUUACAGGAUAAUCAUUGGUUGCCCGAACGUAGUGAUCAUCCAUUGCAAAGCACGCCGACAAGUUGGGGUUUAGUAGAUUUUAAACGUGCUCAAAGUCAAUUUCUUCGACGACAGCGUACAAUGCCUAAUCUAAGUGAAUAUACAAACAAUUAUGUGCCUCAUCGAACAGACGAAUAUGUCGUAGCAAAACGCAUUGGGAUUCCACGAAUCUAUUCAUCUGGAAUAAAUCGCACUGAUUGUCUGAAUAACAAUAUUAUUAAUCGACGCGAACCACCCGUUCAUGAUCCAACGGAUAUCGAUCACGUUUGUUCAAUCCGACGAAAUGCUCAUGUACCACGAGCAUAUUUUUACAAUUCUCCUACAACCAUUGAAAACUGGAAUCGACCGCGACGAACAAGUUCUUGUCGAUCUGAAGCCUACCUUCCACUACGCUCAACGAAUUUCUCGAUUGAACCCAUUCAAAGUCAAGAACAAAUUGUCUAA